AUGGCGCACUUCCGCCGGAUCAGCUGGACCAUACUGGGACUGCUUCUGGCGAGGUCUGUGAGCCUUCUCUUUGUGGGUGGCAACGUCAGUGGCCGACUGCGGCGCACGGCCCCUCAGGCGGUCAGCGAGGAUGACAUGAAGGUCCUCCGUGAUCGCAUUGACGAGCUGAAGAAACAUCCGCUGCUGCCCAUCAUCAUGGUGGACUCCAUGCUCCCGGGGCAGCGCUUGGUGUUUUCAGCGUCCAAUCCGGAGUUGGAGGACUUAGCUGAAGAAGGCCUUGUCGGCGUCAUAGGUCCCCAACGAUCUGGCGGUUCCGUAGUGGGUGUCAGUGCCAAGCUGAGCAAGCUGAGUGGAAGUCGAAGCGGUGAAUGGGAGCUGAAAGCCGAACACGUCUUCAAAGUGGUCAGUGAAGCCCAGCGAGAAGGGACCAUCACUCGAGCCAAGGUGGAAUUCCUACACGAGGAAGUCAAAGAGGAGGAUGUCCUGCUGGCCGAAGCUUUGGUACCACUCAUCGAAGAAUGGACCAACACUUUGGUGGAGAACCAGGCCGAAAGAUAUGAAGGCCAGUUGCAAGACAUACUGAAGGACUUGGGGCAGAUGCCGCCACCCACCAUGGCCGACAAGUUGGCGAUGUGGGCCGCGGCGCUGGUGAACCCUUUGCCAGCACUAGGUGUUGCCCUGGAAAUACGCCCAGCGGUAUUGCAGGCUGAUAGCCUUCAGGAGCGAAUCUUGAUUGUGCGCCGCGGCAUUCGCGGCAGCAUCGAACAUGUGAGCGGCCGAAAACGAGUCACCUGGACCUGGACCACACGACCACACCGCCCUGAAAACAGUGACGCAACCCAUUUCCCAUCUUUGGCCAUUGCAUACCGGCUACCUGGGCAAUCCGCUGGCACUGUGGUGGGUAAGGGACAGGCCAUCACGGUCUUGUCCCACCUGACCAUCUUCCCCCGAGUGGCCCGCAGUGCGGGAUCCCGGGAUCUCGGCAGGGACCCCACGCGGCAAAGUUGGGGAACGGUAGGUCCGACCUGGCGUGUGACGUUGAGCGUGGCAGCUGUUCUGCUGCUAUGGCGUCAGCUGGGUGUCUCAGGGGCCUUGGCUUCGCGAAGAGCUUUGCAGGCCUGUGGCGAGCGUAGCCAUCGGCAGGUUGCUGGAGCUUUAGAACAGCGGUUGGAUGAUCUGCUUUUGGGCCAGGAAGCGCGUGCAGCGAGCAUGCAGCAAGGCUAG